CGAACUGAAUGGAGGGAGUGUAGGACAAACAAACACGCUCGACAAGUUGAUGCUCAACAUGAAGGUAAGAUCCCCUUUAUUUUGGAUAUAUCCGGUCGAAGAACUCAAACAGCUUCCUUCUCCCCUCCCACCAUGCGUUACAUAUCGAGCCCGGUGCUGCUACUCUCCUAUGUGCUUCGAUCAUGCAGCGCUCUCACUUUAGAUCCCAUGAGCGCGAGCUCCAUCAAAAGCGUGGCAAGCACGGUGGCAUACGGCAUGAUGAAGUACUACUCUGGGAAUGAGACGGGAGGCACACCAGGGCUCCUGCCGCAGCCAUACUACUGGUGGGAAGCUGGGUCAAUGUGCAUGACAAUGAUUGACUAUUGGUACUACACUGGGGAUACAUCAUACAAUGACGCGAUCACGCAAGCCAUCACAUUCCAAGCAAGUUCUUAUGGAAACUUUAUGCCAGCCAAUCAGACCGCCACUGAAGGGAACGAUGACCAGGUCUUUUGGGCUUACGCGGCUAUGACUGCUGCUGAGUUGAACUACCCUGCUCCGCCGCCCAACUAUCCUUCUUGGCUCGCUAUGGCGCAAGCGGUUUUCAACGAGCAGGCGAGCCGAUGGGAUACCAGCACCUGUAAUGGAGGACUCAGAUGGCAAAUCUACCCGACCAACAGCGGUUACAACUACAAGAAUAUUGCUGCAACGGGAGGCUUCUUCAUGUUGGCUUCCCGGCUUGCUCGAUAUACUGGCAAUCAGACCUACAUCGAUUGGGCUACUGAAAGCUGGGACUGGUUCUCGGCGUCUGUGCUCUUCGACGAACGCACAUACCAAAUUUAUGAUGGGACGGAUGACACCGCAAACUGCACGGCUGCAGAUCAUACGCAGUGGUCUUAUAACUACGGCUUUUUCAUUGGAGGACUGGCCUUCCUGUACAACCAGACCGAGGAUGCCAAGUGGCUGACCCCAUUAAGCGGUAUACUGAACCAAACCAUAGCAACAUUCUUUCCGAAGACAAUGGGCAACAAAAUCAUGGUCGAGGUGACGUGCGAGCCGUUGGGGAAUUGUGAUACGGACAACUUCACCUUCAAAGGCUACGUUCUACGCUGGAUGGCAGUUGCCGCUCAGCUCGCCCCUUCCACUGCGAACACCAUCUGGCCGUACAUCAUGGCUUCAGGCACAGGAGCAGCCGGUCAAUGUGACGGAGGUACCGAUGGCGUGACGUGUGGAUUCCGCUGGAACUCAACAAAAUGGGAUGAUACUUACGGCGUUGGCCAGCAGAUGAGCGCGCUGUCAGCGAUUGGUGCGAAUAUGAUACCCUUGGCCAACCUCAAGGCUCCUUACACCAGCAGCACGGGAGGUACGAGCGUAAGCGACCCGAGUGCUGGCAACUCUGAUGCCAGCACGGGUGAAAGCGCGGUCUAUACUGACACAAUCACGACUGCCGACAAAGCAGGGGCGGCCAUCUUGACCGUGUUGGCGGUGCUUGGUACGUUGGCUGUCGCAUGGUUCAUUGUGACAUAGCGAGAACCGCUCGAUGGUCUAAGCAUAGCACGGCGUUAAUGGCGUGGCUUUUGCGCCAUCCAAUCGAUCUCGUGAACGUCCACCCCGCGAUUCAACGCACCGAGCAUCUACCUCCAGCGACAACCUUUGUGCUACUCCACUAUCUUGCCACUCCGUUCGAAGCUUAUGCGUCUAUCCUUCAUAGCCUGAGCAAAAUUCCAAAUCCUAUAUCAACCUCGUCGAAGAUCAGCUGCGGAGACGGCGGGGUAAAUCGAACUCUGCGAAGGCGA